AGAGGAGGGUUGAGGAGGCGUGCUUUUUUGUGUUUUGGUGCCUGAGUUAAUCUGCCGUGGCAUCCGCUCUCACUCACACACGCUCACUCUCUCUCGCACACACACACAGACACACACUCUCACACACACACACAGGAGCAAAAGCAGCACUAGGGUGAGAUGAUGCUUGCAUAAGGAUAUCAUCUGGAGCACCACGUUCUCGGAUACGUCUUGGUAGACUUUUGAUUUUUGAAUCUCGACUCAGGUGAAGGAGCUGGAAGACGCCGUCCCCUUGUCACCAUGACGAUUUCCCGCUCAGCCUGCUGUACUGACAAUCUGUCAGACUUGGAUUAAGUGGUUUGCAGGUUUAAGGAGUUCUGGAGAACCUCGUGCCCAAACUGUGCCAAUCCUGCAGCUUGAAGGAAAUCAGGAGAGCUGUGCGACUCGGACGAUGGCCAGUGUGCUCCGUUCGGGACUGGAGUCGGAUUCUCAGGAAUUUCCCCAGGCUCCGUCCGAGGCUGCACGGCUGCUGCACGGGAUUCACCUGAACAGGUGUGAUGCACGGCCUGCAGGGACGCAGCUGCUCUGAAGUGCAGUUGGCAUGCCCCUGACCAUGAUGAGCUCCAGAGAGGAAGAAGCACUGCGUUUUUUCCAGUACAUCGAAGACAGCGGCCUGAGGGCGUACGGCGGAAUAGUGACUCGUGACCUGGUGUGGAAUGAGAAAAGCAGGAUCGCUCCGGAGAAGAACGACAAGAAGAGAAAGCAGGAGGAGGUCGCUAAAAGGACGAGUGAGGAGGUGGCCGUGGAGGGGAAACACCUGCGCAUGGGAUCUACAACCAUGUCGGAGCAGCAGCAGUUUUCCGUUCGCUCUCAGUCUCUUAACUCUGUAGGAGGAGUUGAGGAGGAUGAAGGCAGCCCGAACUCACGUAAACAACCUCCACCCAAACCGCGCCGUGACCCCAACACCAAACUCAGCACCUCCUCUGAAGCCGUGGACCACAGCGCCACCACCUGCAAGGGAGGACACUCACACAAGUGGGAUGCGACUCAGGGCUGCAGCGAGGAGUGUAGACGAGUUCCACCUCCAAAGCCCAAGAGGAAUCCCAACACACAGCUGAGCACUUCGUUUGAUGAGUCCUACAUCCUGAACUCGAAAGACUCUCCCCCAAUGGCUCCUUCUCCCAUUUCCCCUGUUUCUCCACCACAACCUCAGAGCCCAAAGCAGGACUCAGAGUCAGAGGAACCCGUUUAUAUCGAGAUGUCAGGGAACACAGUGCGAGAUACGCCCUCUCGCUCCGAGCCUGAGGAGCCGGGCGAGGCAGUCUACGAGGAGAUGAAGUACCCCACUUUUGAUGACUUUGAUUCGCGCUGGGAUCUUAUGGGGUACCGCUCUCAGUGCAUCACCCCAUGUCCAUCUGAUAUGGAUAUCCAUGCUGCCAUGAACUACACCCAAACUCCUCGUAGUGCAUCCCAUUGUGACAUCCCUGCCCCGUUCCCCAACCUGCUAACACACCGUCCACCUUUGCUGGUCUUCCCACCAGUGCCUGCGCAGUGUUCGCCGAAUUCCGACGAAUCCCCACUCACACCGGUGGACGUGAACAAGCUGGCUAUGUUGGAGAACGCAGCCUACUCAAAGUCACCCUCCUCCUCCUCCUCCUCAAUGGAGCCCCUUAGUUCUGCCUCGUCCUCUCACCUCAGACGGGAACUCACAGCCACACCCACUAUCACAGUCUCAGGUCGCUCUUCAGCACCACCGUUGCCAUGCGCUCUCUACAGGGGCUCCUCAAACUCUGCAGGGGCCCAGCGGAGCCACUCGGCAUGCCCGUCUCCGGUCAGCAUGGGCCGCUGCCUCACGCCGCUCAGCCUCAUGAGGGCCCCACCUUUUGAAGGGUCGUUUAGUGGAGCUGCAUUGCCACGACACCACAGCUCGACGCAGAAUGUUGCGGCAGGACGUUCACGGACUCCCACCAGCCCUCUGGAUGAACUCACCAACUUGUUCACAAGUGGCAGGAAUAUGCUAAAGAAGAGCUCUAGUGGCCGGAAGAGCAAAGAACCCUCUGAGAGUGAAGCCAAAGGGAAGGGCCAUGGUUCCGAAUCCAAAAGGGAGCAUAAGGAGAGGAGCCAUCACAACAAGGAGUCCAAAAGGGACAAGGAGCGCGGCGGGAAAUCCUCGCAUCGACGUGAAAGCAAAGAUCGAGAGCCCGGUGGCAUUGAGGCCUUACAGAGACGUGACAGCAAAGACAGAACUGGCAGCCAUUCAGAACCAAUAGUGAGACGUGAUAGCAAGGACAGGGGCAGCAACAUGGAGGCAGUACCGAGGCGCAACAGCAAGGACAGGGGCAGCAAUGUGGAGCUAGUUUCAAUGCGCAACAGCAAAGACAAGGGCAGCAAUGUGGAGGUAGGUUCCAGACGCAACAGCAAGGACAAGGGCAGCAAUGUAGAGCCAAUAGUGAGGCGAAAUAGCAAGGACAAGAGCACCAAUGUUGAGCCAAUAGUGAGGCGAAACAGUAAAGACAAGUUCUGUAGUGGUCCAGAGCUACUUCCAAAACAGGGCAGCAAAGACCGGGGGUGCAGCACCAGUGAGUCCAUAGUGAGACAUGACAGCAAAGAAUGGAUCAGUAACAAUAUCGAACCUAUACCUAGACAUGACAGCAGGGACAGGAUCUGCAAUGGCUUGGAGCACAUGCUCCGACAAGACAGCAGAGACCUUUUGAGGAAUGGUCUUGAACGACAUGAUAGCAGAGACAGAAGUGGUUAUGGGCAAGACUUGUUAAUCAGGCACAGUAGUAAGGAUCAGGGAAGAACUGGUCCAGAGGCUCGGCGCAACAGCAAAGAAGGAAGAAAGAACAGUGUGGAUAUUCUUCAGGGUAACAGCAACAUAGCAGAUUCUGGAUGGGACUCUAAGGAAUGGGUGAGUAAUGGGACAGAUGUUGUAAGUAAGAGAGACUACAAAGAUAAAGGAAUACACUUGACAGAACCCCAUCACAAGAGUAAGGACAAGAGCAGCUAUGGUACAGAAUCCCCUAAAGCACAUGACUGGGAUGCAAGGUCUGGACCUCCAUCCGGGUUGUCCAGCCGGAGCAGACGAUCACCUGUUAGUCCUACCACAAUGAUGGGGAAUUCUGAUUUAAAGAUGGUCCCAAAGGUAGCCCAGUUCCUGUAUGCACCAAUUGCACCUUCUCCAUUAGGGACACCACAGAGACGACCUUCUGAGACCCAAGAGAUGCCACCCUUCCCCUGGCUAUGUGGCGACAGCACCAUGAUGGAGACAAUUGAAAGGAAACAGCGUUUGUGCCGUGAGAUCCGGUCCCGGCAGCAGCCUGCUGAACGGAGCCAGAUGGAAAGCAUGCCCAGCUGCAAGAAAGCCAACGGGCAAAAGAAAUACGGCCCACCCCCUUAUUCUACUCAGACUACUGUCUUUUGGGACACUGCAAUCUGAUUGGUCGCUUAGCACUUCAGGAUUUAGCUUUGCUCCCCCCACGGUCACCAGGACAAAGGGAUCACCCAUUCAUCCCCAGCACUGUUUCUGCUAAAAGACAGUCAAUGGGAUUAACCUAGCAAUAUUUCUGAGCGUGCCGAUCGUCAGGUUUUUGUAUUAUCCUUUAUCUAAUAUUUUUGUAUUGUGAUUCCUUGUAAAUGGAACCUAGCAUUAACAGAUAUUUUCUAAAUAAAAUGGAAUAUCUUUGCAAAGAUUAUGUAAAGUUAGCACAAUACAGUUUGUUCUUUUUUACUUUUUGCCUUUUUUUUUUUUUUACACUGUAACGCAAACUAAAAAAUGCAACCGUUAACUUUCGCAGGCCUUCAUAGUUCAGACCUCUCAAAAUUUAUGUGGUAUAUUGCCAUAUAAAAAUAUAAAAGUGUAUUUUCACAGUGGAUGUGAAAUCGGACUAGGGCUAGCUUCCUUUUCGCUGCCUUGCCACAUUAUGGAUUUGAUAGAAAUGUGCAAUUAAUGACUAACAGUUUUAUUUAAAACGAGAUAGUUGACGAGAUUUUUAUUUAUAAUUUAUGUUUUUAUGCGAGCUUUGGAUUUAGAAUGCAAGACAAAAUCGAAGGUUUUGUAUGCUGUGGAAGCAUGAUUGAAUUCAAUGUACAAACAUGGCACAGCAUAAGGGUAACCAGUGCGAGUUUAUGAAAGGCUAAUGGAAGAUAAGACUGGGAUGUAGACCCAAAGGAUCCCAAAGGAUCCCAAUAGGAUCCCUUUUAACCUAGCGAUCCUAUUUCCAUUGGAUAAUUUUUCUGUUUGUAAAUGGCAGAAGGUGUUGUAGCCGUUACUUUGGGUAUGUGUUUGCCCAAAGAUUUAUGACAAUCUGUAAUCUUAAAGUAUUCUUUAAACACUAUUUAAAAUGUUUUGUGCUUGUUUAAGGAGGUUUUUAGAAGGAGGUGAUUUAUUAGCAUGAUCACGCUUACUGUAUUAUUAAGUGUGAUGUGAUGGAUUUGUGAUGGACACAAUCAGCCCUGUCUGGGCAUUUGAAACCAAUGACCAAUGGCUCACGGCUUGAGCCUUAAAGGACGUAGCGACUGUAGCUACAUCACUCAGUAAUUGGGAAUAACAGAGGGAAAGAAAUGCACUCCCAUAAUCUUCUGCAUCAGUUGGUUGGAUACUUGUCACCCUCCGUCUACCUCAACCAUUCAGAUUAAGUGGUUAUUCAUCUCCAAAGUAUUCAUGGAUCUGAGAGUUUGUAAUCAGGGGUGGACAAAUGAAGGGUUCAUUAGCUAGCCCAAUUCAAAACUGAAUUCUCAGUCAAUAAAUCAAUCAAUCAAUCAAUUUGCUGCCCAGUCCUUUCUUUUGGUUGCCUGGAAAUCUAAUUGACAAGUGGCAGCUAACAAUGUAUAAGGUAUAGAGAGCUAGUUAUUUAGUUAAAUGCAUGAAUUGCCACAGAGGGGAUGAAUGCGUAACCAUAGUACCCGUUCUCUCCUGACGUAGCCUGAUUUUUGAUGUAGCACACUGUGUUAGGAUGGAUGACGCAAAGGUCACCAAGUUGCCAAUGUCCAUAAUUUCUCUUGAUAUGUUCAGAAACAAAGUGGCUGUGCAUUGUGCUAGCAAGAGUAUUAUUAUAUGACUGCUUUGCACUAGAGUUGUUUUUCUGAUUGUGUCAGGCUCCUGAUUUGCCCACCCCUGGAAGUGAAACCCAUCCCCGUUCAUUCUUCAAGUAGAUAAAGGUAAUACCUGUACAAUCAAAAUGACCGAAAGGUAUCAAACGGUGCAGCUUAGCUUACAACAGCUAAUGGAUGGUUCACAUCGGUAGAAAUAUAAAUUGUUUUCACGCUUCUAAGAGGAAAAAUUAUUCAUAUAAGUCACUUUAGUGAUCUUAAGAAGCUUGUGUAUAAGCCUGGUGUAAAUCAUGAUUAUUAUUUAUCACACUAUAUGAAAUUAUCUAAAUAAAUUUCUUGCUGAAUUCAGUAACAGAAUGAGAAAUUAUGUUGGCCAUGUCAGAUUUUUCACAGAAGAUCCCUCAGCAGUGUUACACUUAUACCCCUUUUCCACCGGAAAGAACCGGGUGCUGGUUCAGCUCUAGCGCUGGUGCUGGUUCAAAGUUGGUUCCACUGGCGAACCUUCUAAGAACCGGUUUGCCUUUCCGUCGGUUAGAGAGCCAUCACAGCGCCGAGUCUGACAUCGCCGUAUACGUGUCACGUUACACAGCAACGUUAGCUCAGCAGCGGCAAACACAAACAUGACAUCAACGAUUUACUGUUAACGCUCAUGGCUUUGUGAACCUACAUUAGCAUCCGACGUGUACGGUGCAGCUCUAUGUAAUCUGUAUAAACGGAGGUUGUAAUCGAGAAAAUACAUAACAUUAUUUUAUCAUUAACACAGAAAAAAGUUAGCCUUAGCAUGUAGCUACCUACUAUCAUGUGUGCUGAUAACUGAUCAUA